AGCAGACGAAAGCUUUUGGGGGGUAAAUGCGCACUCAAACGUGAACUAUAGGCUAGUCAGGCAGCGUAGGUUUUAGUGUUGGUGGGGUCCGGGUCCGCUCAGCCAGUGCUUCUAAAACACCUGGUUGUCUUGCAAUAUACAGAGCAGAGGAGGAAUCUGUGCUAUAUCAGAGUGGUUUACUAUGUUUUAAAUUUCAAGUUUCACAUACUCAAACAGAAUGGAUACCUUAGCAAGACGCCACUCCGGUGAUGCUCGCGAAGGCGUCAUGGAGCUGACAAACUUGGUCACCAACCCUGUCGCAGUGCCGGGAGAACUGCCCUCCAUUGGCCUCAGGAGAGAUGAAAGUUCUGAGGCCCUCAAUCUUACACUGCAUCAGUGUGCAAGAGAUGGAGAUGAGUACAACAUGAAAAUCCUGAUCCGCAACCUGGGCAAUCAUGUGAGGAAAAAGAUCAACCAGUAUGACGAGGAUGAUCUCACACCUCUGCACUACGCCGCCCGCUACAACCAUCUCAGUGUUGUCAAGCUCUUGGUGGAAAGUGGGGCUGAUGUACAAGCCACUGGUGAGGAUGAUGUCACUCCAUUGCAUCACGCUGCCAGGUAUCGGCGGGAAAAGAGUAAAAAGAAAGACACACCCACUGAAGGACCUGAGGAUGAUCCGGGGCCGCCUGUCAUUGAAGAAGAAGAACCUGAAAAUGAGGAAGUUAUUGCCAACAAUACGGAGGAAAACAAACCAGUCUCUUUAGUAGACGGUAUUGGAGAGUCUGACACAGAGCUCAUCACCCAGCUUGGGGCGAACGGUCUUGCCUCCUUGGUGGACAACUACGAGCAAGAGAAAGAAGAUAGUAUUGUGAACUACUUGGUCAGCAAAGGUGCCAACAUCAACACGGUGGACAUUUAUGGACAGACCCCGCUGCACUUUGCUGCCAUGCGGGGCAACGAGGUGGCCUGCAGAGAUCUCCUCUACUUCAGAGACAGAGUCAAAAUUGGGUACGAGGACAAGCAGGGUAUCACCCCGCUGCACUCGGCAGCCAUUCACAACCACCUGGAGAUCGCCCGCAUGCUUCUGGAGGCCGGCGCUGACCUGAUGUGUCGCGACAAGGAGUUGUCCACGCCCUUGCACCACGCCGCCUCCGAGGGCAACAUGGACCUGGUGCAGGUGUUGUUUGAGGCCGGGGCGCGGACCAAGGAGGCCUGGGUCACAUUGUCUGAGAUGGUGAGUGCCACAGACAUUGAGUCGAGCACUGCCCUCCACGUGGCUGUAGACAAUGGACAUUACGAAGUGGCAAAAGUUCUGCUUGAAAAACGUGCGGAGGUGAACAAGCCCCGUAAGCACUUCAUGUACCCGCUCCAUUUGGCCGCCCAGUCCGGUGACAUCCGUAUAGCGAGACUCCUGGUGGAGAACCACGCCCGCAUCGACGCGGUCAACAGCGACCAGGCCACCGCACUCCACAGGGCCUCGGCGCUCAAUCACGUGGAGGUGGUGAAGUUCCUGGUGGACAGGGGUGCUCGCAUCAACCGUCCAGACAAGGACAACUACACCCCGCUCCUGCUGGCUGCCACCUACGGCAAUGUGGACACUGUGGAGCUCCUGCUGCAGAAGGGGGCCGACUACAGGGCCGUGGACAAGUACGACAAGACGGCCAUCUUCAUGGCUGCGGAGGAGAACAAGAUGGUGGUUCUGGAGAAACUUCUGUCAUACCAACAAGUGAAGCGUUUGGUCAACGACUGUGACUGCUACGACAACUCCCCUCUUCACGUGGCUUCAGAGAACGGCUUCUUAGAAAUCACUCAGUGCUUGCUGGACAGCGGGGCUGACUUGGAUGACAAGAAUGAGGAAGAGCAGACCCCUCUUCACCUGGCUGCCAAGUAUGGCAGAACCAACAUCGUGAGGGAGCUGAUCAAACGAGACAAGACCAUAGUGAACGACGAGGACGAGAACUCCAACACGGCCCUCCACCUGGCCGCCCAGUACGGCCACAACAAGGUGGCCAAGGUGUUGCUGGACCUGGGGGCCGACGUCUCUGCAAGAAACUACAAUCAGUGGACCCCACUGGAUCUGGCCGCAUCCAAGGGCUGGACGAAGACCUGCACCGUCCUGCUGGAGGAAGACGCCCCCGUGGACCCCACGGACAAGAACAAAACGACCCCACUGCAUCUGGCCGCGGGUUUCGGUCACUCGUCGGUGGUGGAGCUGUUGCUGGACUGGGACGCCGACGUGACGCUGCAGGAUGACGAAGGGCGCAACUGUCUGGACAGGGCCAUAGAGGACCACCGCAUAAACGUAGCCAUGGCUAUUGUGAAUUCAAGUGUGUGGAAGGAUGCCUUGCGAAAUGCCACCAGAGACCCAACGACAGGCUAUGUUGACACUCCGAUGAGAAAGUUGAUCAAAAGGAUGCCGGACGUGGCCGAGAGAGUCUUUGACAGGUGCUUGAGCUACGGUCAGGAAAAGAACCCGGAGCGCAUCGACUAUGAGAUCUCCUUCGACUACGAGUUCCUGGACGACAUCUACGCACGCUGGAUACAGGAGGGCAUCAAGCGGCAGGAGGACAGCUCCAGCGACUACGCCUCCUCCUCAGGGAGUUCCUACGGUGGGGAUGAUGACGAGAUCCUGUCCCCUGACGCUCAGCCUUACAGUAAAGAUUCCAACGUGCUGAAGAAGAACCAUCCCCUGUACAUCAUGAUCCUGUCGGAGAGAGAGGACCUGCUGGCCCACCCGCUGGUCACGUCUCUGCUCCAGCACAAGUGGAACACGUUUGGCAGCUUUUUCUACUACUUGUCCUUCUUCAUCUACUGCAUCUUCCUCACCUUCAUCACGGCCUACAUGGUCACUUCUGUACCGCCUCAUGUAUUCUUUUACAAAUUUACCAAGCCAAGCUCAACUACUUUGGGUGGACCAACUUGAUUGAGUGGAUCGUCUAUGUGACUGCCCUGCUUCUGGUGAUCAGCUUCAAUGACUGUCAGAGGGAAACAGGAUAUCGCUACGUGUGGCAGUGGCACCUGGGAGCUAUCUCAGUGUUCUUGGCCUGGAUGGACCUGGUGCUGUUCAUCCAGAAGUUUCCCCAGUUCGGCAUCUACGUGGUCAUGUUCACAGACAUCCUCAGGACCUUCUCCCAGUUCUUCAUCGUAUUCUUUCUCUUCAUCAUUGCCUUUGCUCUCGCCUUCUACUCGCUCUUUCAAAACCAGGUCCCAUUUGACAGUGUGGGAAAGUCCAUUGUCAAGACAUCUGUCAUGAUGAUUGGAGAGUUUGAGUUCGAUUCCAUCUUCAAUGAAGCAAGUGUCGCUGUAAAUUAUGCUGCCGCCUCCUACAUCAUCUUUAUCAUCUUCCUCAUCAUCAUGAGCAUUCUCAUCAUGAACUUGCUGGUCGGUCUGGCUGUCGACGACAUCAAGGCUGUACAGGAGCAGGCCGCCCUCAAGAGGAUGGCUAUGCAGGUGGAGCUCGCCCUGGAUGUGGAGCGGAUCAUCCCGGAUUUUAUCCGGAGAAAGGCCUUCACCCGCCGAUCCACUAUCCGACCCAACAGACUCUUCAGCAAUCCCGUGCGGAGAUUGUUGAGCAACUCUUACCUCAGCCCUCAGGCCCUGCAGAAGGCUUUGAAUCCUGAAUUG